AUGGCGGCGCCCCGCAGCGACAGCGAGAAGCGGAAGCAGAUCAGCGUGCGGGGCAUUGCGGGGCUGGGCGACGUGGCCGAGGUGCGGAAAAGCUUCAACCGGCACCUGCACUUCACGCUGGUCAAGGACCGCAACGUGGCCACCCCCCGCGACUACUUCUUCGCGCUGGCGCACGCGGUGCGGGACCACCUGGUGGGGCGCUGGAUCCGCACCCAGCAGUGCUACUACGAGCGGGACCCCAAGCGUAUUUAUUACCUGUCUCUGGAAUUCUACAUGGGCCGCACCCUGCAGAAUACAAUGGUGAACUUGGGUAUGCAGAAUGUCUGUGAUGAAGCCAUUUACCAGCUGGGUCUGGACUUGGAGGAGCUGGAAGAAAUCGAAGAAGAUGCUGGCCUGGGUAACGGAGGGCUGGGUCGCCUGGCAGCUUGCUUCCUCGACUCCAUGGCGACGCUGGGGCUGGCAGCCUAUGGCUACGGGAUCCGAUACGAAUUUGGCAUAUUUAAUCAGAAGAUUCUCGAUGGCUGGCAGGUGGAGGAAGCCGAUGAUUGGCUGCGCUAUGGCAACCCCUGGGAAAAAGCCCGCCCUGAGUAUAUGCUUCCUGUGCAUUUCUACGGCCGCGUGGAGCACACUGCGGAGGGCGUGAAGUGGAUCGAUACUCAGGUAGUUCUUGCCAUGCCUUAUGAUACCCCCGUGCCAGGAUACAAGAACAACACCGUGAACACAAUGAGGCUGUGGUCUGCCAAAGCACCCAAUGACUUCAACCUUCAGGAGUUUAAUGUGGGUGAUUAUAUCGAGGCUGUGUUGGAUCGAAACCUGGCAGAAAACAUCUCCCGAGUCCUGUAUCCGAAUGACAAUUUCUUCGAAGGGAAGGAGCUGCGGCUGAAGCAGGAAUACUUCGUGGUAGCUGCCACCCUGCAGGACAUCAUUCGCCGGUUCAAGUCUUCCAACUUCGGCUCCCGAGACCCAGUCAGGACAUGCUUUGAGACCUUCCCUGACAAGGUCGCCAUUCAGCUGAACGACACUCACCCAGCACUUUCCAUCCCGGAGCUCAUGCGGAUCCUGGUGGACGUGGAGAAAAUGGAGUGGGAGAAGGCCUGGGAGGUCACCAAGCGGACCUGCGCCUACACCAACCACACCGUGCUGCCUGAGGCCCUGGAGCGCUGGCCAGUCACCAUGUUCGAGAAGCUGCUGCCGCGCCACCUGGAGAUCAUUUAUACCAUCAACCAAAGACAUCUGGAUCACGUGGCCGCCCUCUACCCCGGAGACCUAGAUCGUCUGCGCAGGAUGUCCGUGAUCGAGGAAGGGGACUGCAAGAGGAUUAACAUGGCCCACCUCUGCGUGAUCGGCUCCCACGCCGUCAAUGGGGUGGCCAGGAUUCACUCCGAAAUCGUGAAGAAUUCCGUAUUCAAAGAUUUCUAUGAGAUGGAACCAGAGAAAUUCCAGAACAAGACGAACGGCAUCACUCCGCGGCGCUGGCUCCUGCUGUGCAACCCAGGACUAGCAGGUGUAAUUGCUGAGAAAAUCGGAGAAGAUUUUGUAACGGAUCUGAGCCAGCUGAAGACGUUACUGGAUUUUGUCGAUGACGAGGUGUUUAUCCGGGAUGUGGCCAAAGUCAAACAGGAGAACAAGCUCAAGUUCUCGGCCUACUUGGAGGAGACAUACAAGGUGAAAAUCAACCCGUCCUCCAUGUUCGACGUGCACGUGAAGCGGAUUCACGAGUACAAGAGGCAGCUCCUCAACUGUCUGCACAUCAUCACCCUCUACAACCGCAUGAGAAAAGACCCAUCAAAGUCCUUUGUGCCAAGGACGGUGAUGAUUGGAGGAAAGGCAGCUCCCGGCUACUACAUGGCCAAAAUGAUUAUCAAACUGAUCACGUCCAUCGGGGACGUCGUCAAUAACGAUCCCUAUAUAGGAGAUCGACUCAAAGUCAUCUUCUUGGAGAACUACAGGGUGUCCUUUGCUGAGAAAGUGAUUCCCGCGGCCGAUCUGUCCCAGCAGAUCUCCACGGCCGGCACCGAGGCCUCGGGCACGGGGAACAUGAAGUUCAUGCUGAAUGGCGCCCUCACCAUCGGGACCAUGGACGGGGCCAACGUGGAGAUGGCGGAGGAAGCCGGCGAGGAGAAUCUGUUCAUCUUCGGCAUGCGGGUGGAGGACGUGGAGGCGCUGGACAAGCGAGGGUACAAUGCUCGGGAAUACUACGAGCGCAUUCCAGAGCUGAGACAAGCCAUCGACCAACUCAGCAGCGGCUUCUUCUCGCCUAAAGACCCUGGCCGCUUCCGGGAUGUCGUCAAUAUGCUGAUGAACCACGACAGAUUUAAAGUGUUUGCUGACUACCAGGCCUACAUGGAGUGUCAGGGCCGCGUUGACCAGUUGUACAGGAAGCCAAGAGAGUGGACUAAGAAGGUCAUCAAGAACAUUGCUUCCUCGGGGAAGUUUUCCAGUGACAGGACGAUCACCGAGUAUGCCAGAGAAAUCUGGGGUGUGGAGCCAUCAGCUGUGAAGAUCCCCCCACCUAACAUCCCCAGGGAAUAA